AAAGCCCAGUGCGGGCUGCUGUGCGCUCAGUGCGGUGCGGGUCGCGGUACCGCUGGAUUAUUACAUUUUAUACCUUGGAUUAUCGCUGUGUUGUGGAGCCGGGGAGGCUGGUGGCUGGAGGGGCUUUGGCUUUUACCUUUUGGGGGCUUUCUGCAUGUUGCGCUGUGUUGGAUGGUGACUCUUUCCACAACACCUUGAAGACGUGCGGUGCGGCGCCUGGGAGGACUGGGGCUUGUAAAUGGAUCGCCAAGCUAGCCUGAUCUCCAUCUGGCUACAACUGGAGCUCUGUGCUAUGGCCAUACUACUCACUAAAGGAGAAAUCAGAUGCUACUGUGACGCUCCCCACUGUGUGGCGACGGGAUACAUGUGUAAAUCAGAACUGAACGCCUGCUUUUCCCGGCUACUUGACCCACAGAACCCCAAUUCACCUCUCACACACGGCUGCCUGGACUCUGUUGCAAAAACGACAGACGUGUGCAGAGCCACCGCCGAAGGGAAGAGCGGAGUCACUGUGCCCAAGAUGGAGUGUUGUCACGAGGACAUGUGCAACUACCGAGGUCUUCACGAUGUCCUCUCCCACCCCAAGAGUGAAACUUCAGGUGGUGGUAGCAAGUACCAACAUGAAAGCACAAGGAACCUCAUCACAAAGGUCCAAGAACUUACAUCCUCCAAAGAACUGUGGUUUAGAGCAGCAGUCAUUGCGGUGCCUAUAGCCGGUGGAUUGAUAUUGGUGCUUCUUAUAAUGCUUGCACUCAGGAUGCUCCGGAGCGAAAAUAAAAGGUUACAGGAUCAGAGACAACAGAUGCUCUCCAGACUGCACUACAGCUUUCAUGGACACCACUCAAAAAAGGGACAAGUGGCCAAGCUAGACUUGGAGUGCAUGGUACCGGUAUCGGGCCACGAAAACUGUUGUUUGACUUGUGAUAAAAUGAGGCAUACGGACCUCAGCAAUGACAAAAUCAUAUCUUUGGUUCAUUGGGGGAUGUAUAGUGGACAUGGAAAGCUGGAAUUUGUAUGACCACAUCUCUGUCGAAGAAGAUCCAGUGACUCGGCCUUACUCGGGUUCUGCUGGAUAGAAGCACUUUAUCUUUUACAAAGACAUAAACUUUCAUCCUACAAGGAGGAAGAUAUGGAAUCUUGCGCACAGAGAAUUUCUGAUGUUACUUGUAAAUGAUUCCAAAAAAGACGUCUUAUUUGCACAAGGGUGGAGCGGAGGACUGUUUGUAUUAUUUCUUUAAACUAAUGCAGGAAGCGAGAUGUAGAGAAGUUGUACACACUGUCACCGAUGUUUUCUUACAUUUUAGGGAGCUAAUAUUGGUUAUUGAAAUAAACUGUACACAACGUACACGUUUCUAUAUAUAUGUUUAAUGUAAAGAGUUUUUUUUUUUUUUUUUAAAUAU